AUGCCACUUCGGCACAUGCUUCUCCAAGCGCGGCAGCGCUGGUCUCAGCAGCCUCCGCAGCUCUCCGAGCUCCUGCAUAUCUUCCGCUCGCUCUCUAUUCUACCAUCCGGAGCCUCUGCCGCGCCAUCCAACUGCUCUCCUAGGCAAAUUCAGCUGCCCCAAACCUUGCCUUGCUCCAAUGCCAACCCACUUGGCGCCGGCUUCCACAUCGACGUUGUUGACGAUGACCUCUGGCCCACUUCCUUCGGCUUCUCCUCAGAUCCCAUGACUGGUGAUGAGUGUCUUGAUACCUUCCAAGAACACGGAGAAGAACAAGUGCACGACUCGGAUGAUGAGAUAGAUGACAUGAGGCACCGCAAGCAGCUGUUCUACAAGCUGGACAGGGGGUCCAAGGAGUUUGAGGAAUAUAACUUGCCCUUGCGCCGCAGAUGGAAGAGAGAUAAACCCAAUGCCAAGAAUCCAUCCGAUUGCGAGAAGGUGGAACCUGACAAGCCAGCUCGUUUGAAGGUCCCAAAGCUGAAAGAAGAGCCUGCAGUGCAUAAGGAUGACAUAGUUGAGGUGAAGAGGGACCGAGUGCCAACUUGUAACCAGAUGACUGAUCCUUACCACCACCCUUUCUGCCUCGACAUACAUGUCUCCAAGGGGUCAGUGCGUGCUUGCUUCGUUCACCGAGUGACCAGCAGGGUUGUGUCGGUUGCUCACUCCAUAUCAAAGGACAUGAAGUUUGAUCUGGGUUCAAGGAAGGGCAUCAAGGCAUGUGUGGCGGUUGGGGCGUUACUUGCGAAGCGUGCAAUAGAGGAUGAUAUUCACAAUGCAAUUUAUACUCCUAGAAAAGGGGACAAAAUCGAAGGAAAAAUUGAGGUUGUGUUGCGUGGAAUAAUUGAGAAUGGAGUCGAUGUGAAGGUGAAACUCAAACAAAGGAGGAAGCUAACAAAGAAUGCGCCGGUGGUGCAACAGGGUGGUGAGUCUCGGUGA